AUGAUAUUCCUGAAUAUAGCGUUUCAGGCAGAAUUAAAUCGUUACGAAGACAGUGAAUUUGAAGACAUGGCUCUCAAGAAAUGUAAUGAACAUCCUGACACCAGGCACAAAGUUAUUGAGGAGUUGCGCUCUAUAGUAUACGAGCGUGGUCAGUGCAGCCCUCGACGUAUGGACGAUGCGUACUGCCUCAGAUUCCUGCGUUGCCGACGGUUCAUACCUGCACUUGCGUACAGACUUAUGGUUCGAUACGAAGAUUUCCGUAGAAAAAACGGCCACCUCUACAAUUGCGACCCAUUUGAUCUGCGGAGGGUGAAGCAUGUCUACGCAGGCACCCUGCCCGAAGGUCCCGAACAUGGCCGCCUGAUAAUAAUGAGAUUUGGACGAUGGGAUACUGAUGCGGUACCUAUAGAUGACGUAGUGCGCUGCGCGUUGGUACUCGAAGAGAUUGCGGUCCAGCAGCCCAAGUUGCAGAUCCUGGGAGUAACUGUCAUUGUGGAUCUGGAGGGAUUAAGUUUUCGCCACGUGACCCAACUGACACCGACCAUUGCCAAUCAAAUUGUCAGCUUGAUGGGGGUGGCUUUCCCGUUACCCCUGAACAGCAUACACUUGGUGAACUAUAACUGGAUCUUUAACACAUUCUCAUACGUGUUCAAGCAGUUCAUACCCAAACCUGUGUGGAACAGCAUUCACUUCCAUGGACAUGACAUGAACUCUCUCCAGAAGCAUGUACAUCCUCAAUAUCUGCCGGCAGAAUACGGCGGGUUCUGCAAACACGUGAUUUCAACUGAGGAGUGGCUUGCGAAAAUAUAUGAGUACAGAGAUGAAUAUUUAGUACGAGAGUUAAGGAACUUGGGUUUCGCGGUUAAAGAUUAGAUAUAAAUAUAACAAAAUAAAGGUUUUUGGUGUUUGUUAUAUUUGAACUGUAAGUUCCUUUCGGCAUAA